CCCACACACCAACGUCACCUCGCCAGUUGGUGAAAUCCCCCACUCCCACCCCAACCGCCCUCGCCCGCCUCUUCAAUCCAUCUCGCCUUCUUCGUCACGCGGCCGCCGCGAGGGUUUGGGGGAAUUUCGGGGCGGAGGCGGCGGCGAGGAGGGCGGGCAGGGGUUUUUUGUUGCGGGAAUGGAGGUGGAGGAAUCCUCGCCGUCGUCAUCGUCGCUGUCGUCUCCGGCAGGGUCAUCCGACUCCAUCGACCUCAACUUCCUGCCGUUCCUCAAGAGGGAGCCCAAGUCGGAGCCGGCGUCACCGGAGCGCGGGCCCCUCCCACUGCCGGCGCCCCCGGCCCAGACGCCACAGCAGCAGCAUGCGGCGGCGGCGGCGGCUCCUGCGGCCUCGGCGGCUCCGCCUCCGGCGACGCCCGACAUGUCGUCCGCGCCGGUGAUGACGCCGCUGCAGGCGCUGCCGCCGAACCCCGACGAGGACGCGCUCCUCCGGGAGUACUACCGCCUCGCGAGCCUCUACCUCUCGUCGGCGGGGACAGGGGCGAUCGUCUCGGCGCCGGCGCCGGGGGCUGCCGCGCCCGCGGUGGUGCAGCCCGGGUCCGGGUCCGUCGUGAAGAAGCGCCGGCCGCGGUCGUCGGAGCUCGUGCGGGUCUCCUCGCUCGGCGUGCGGGACCAGAUCUACUUCCGCGACCUCGUGCGGCGGGCGCGCAUCACCUUCGAGUGCCUCCGCGGGCUGCUGCUCAGGGAUGACGAGCGCGCGGAGUCGCUAGGCCUCGGGGGCGUCGCCGGGUACGGCGGCGGCGGGGACCGGCGCCGCGUCCGCGCGGACCUGCGCGCCGCGGCGCUCAUGGCGGACCAAGACCUCUGGCUCAACCGCGACCGUCGCAUCGUGGGGUCGAUGCCCGGGAUCUCGGUGGGUGAUGCAUUCUUCUUCCGCAUGGAGCUCUGCGUCCUUGGCCUCCAUGGCCAGGUGCAGGCUGGAAUUGACUACGUCAGUGCAGGGCGAUCUGCCUCCGGGGAGCCUAUAGCCACAUCUAUAAUCGUGUCUGGUGGGUAUGAGGAUGAUGAUGACCGCGGCGAGGUACUUGUGUACACCGGCCAUGGCGGCCGUGAUCCCAAUCUUCAUAAGCAGUGUGUAGAUCAGAAGUUGGAGGGCGGCAAUCUUGCCCUUGAGCGCAGCAUGGCUUAUGGUAUUGAGAUCCGUGUAAUUCGGGCUGUCAAAUCAAGACGCGGCCCUGUCGGCAAGGUAUAUUUCUAUGAUGGCCUCUACAAGGUUGUGGACUACUGGCUUGACCGUGGAAAAUCUGGGUUUGGUGUUUAUAAGUAUAAAAUGCUGCGAAUUGAGGGGCAAGAACCCAUGGGUACUGUGAAUUAUCGAAUAGCUGAACAGCUCAAGGUGGAUGUGUUUGCUGUAAGGCCAACAGGGUAUUUGAGCUUUGAUAUCUCCAUGGGCCGAGAGCUCUUGCCAGUUGCACUAUAUAAUGAUGUCGAUGAUGAUCGUGACCCACUCUUAUUCGAGUACCUUGCACGGCCAAUAUUUCCUACCUCUGCUGUCCAAGGGAAGUUUGCUGAGGGAGGUGGUGGGUGUGAUUGCAGUGAGAAUUGCUCAAUUGGAUGUAACUGUGCAGGGAGGAAUGGAGGUGAGUUUGCAUAUGACAAGACUGGAGUCCUGCUACGAGGCAAACCUCUGGUAUAUGAGUGUGGGCCACACUGCAGGUGCCCUCCUAGUUGCCCCAACAGGGUUAGUCAGAAGGGGCUUCAGCAUAGGCUUGAGGUGUUCCGAUCAAGGGAGACUGGGUGGGGAGUUCGGUCUUUGGAUCUUAUUAAGGCAGGGACAUUCAUUUGUGAAUUCAGCGGGAUUGUCCUUACUCAGCAGCAGUCAGAGAUUGUGGCUGCGAAUGGCGAUUGCUUGGUGCGUCCGAAUAGGUUCCCUCCAAGAUGGUUGGAUUGGGGUGAUAUUUCUGAUGUGAAUCCUGAGUAUGUGGCACCAGACUAUCCUGCUCUUCCUGAGUUAAACUUUGCAAUUGACGUGUCGAGGGCAAGGAAUGUGGCAUGUUAUUUCAGCCACAGUUGCAGUCCAAACGUGUUUGUCCAGUUUGUGCUGUUUGAUCAUUACAAUGCGUCUUACCCCCACCUCAUGAUCUUUGCCAUGGAGAACAUUCCACCAUUGAGGGAGCUAAGCAUUGACUAUGGAAUGGUUGAUGAAUGGGUCGGAAAGUUAACCAUGUAGCUGAAGUACCUAUUUGGAAGGCCAUGCCCUCUUUUGUUUCUGUUUCUUUGAAGUUUUCAUAGUGAUUCACUUGGGGAUCAAGCCAACCACUGACUGAAAUUCCUCAUCUGUAUCCUGGUUUCAGUCCAAUAAUGGAGGUUUCCAUCUGGAACAAUGUUCCUCUUCCAGCGACAGAGGGGCUAACGUAGGGAGGGGCCAAGCUACAACUCAUUGUCAUCAACUGUACAUCAGCCGUGUGUUGUAUUGUAUAUGUUGUGUGAUAACCUAGGUGGCUUGGCCAAUUUUCAAGAGGCACUCACCUCCGAAAGUAUGAUGUGUGCUGCUGUAACUAGGCUUGUUCGGCGGAGCAGGCGCUGAGUUUCAGUCUUAACCCCAUUUUGUCUCAUGGCUACUGCUACUGAACUUUUUAUGUACAUAUAUCUGUAAAUUAUCUAGCUGAAAGUGUUCCUAUUUCUGUUGGUAAAUGUUGAUCCAGCCAGGCUUGCCCCAGUGGCUCAUGGAAUGGAAGAUUUUGCAGAGUCAGGU